AAACUCAGAUAUUUAUCGCUUUUUUGAGAGAGAGGAUUUCUGCAAUCGAUCGAUUCGAUCUAUUUUAGGGAGAAAAAUCUAGACAUUUCUGUAAAGUAGCGCGGGAUUCGCUGAUUAUUUAUAUAUAGAAGAUAGUUGGAAGACGGUUUUUGUUUCCUUCUUCGAUAAGCCGUUACGCCAAUCUCCAUUUACUGUGUAUUAAGUUGGGCGCUAGUUCUACAAGCAAUAAAUAGAUUCGGAGCUUGAUUUUCUCUAAUUAGGUUAGCUUUUAGGAUUCAGAUCUUGGAGUGUGAAAAAAUGGGGUCUAGGGUUGAGGAAGGGUACGGAAUGGGGCUGGUGAGGAGCACUUCGUUUGGGAGGAAGAGAGUGUUUUUGUCGAAUCAGAGUAUUGAAUUUGGGGAUUAUGAUGAUUGUGCGGCGAAUCCGAGUUCGAAGAGACGGUGCUCUCAGAAUUCUGUUUUUUCGGGGGAGGAAACGUCGCUUGAAGAUUUGCCUCAGGAGAUUUUGAUUCGGAUACUGUGUGGUGUGGAGCAUGACGAUUUGAAGAGUCUGUUUUUCGUAUCCAAAGCCGUUAGAGAUGCGACUCUAAUCGCGAAGGAAUCUCAUUUCGCGUACAACACACCGAGGAAGACGGUGGGAGUUCUGCCAUUUAGCAAAAACAGAGUGGAUUGGCUGGGUGAAUUGAAGGAGUUUGAAGCCCCAAAUGCUCCAUUGCAGCAUAGGGUUCCACGGAAGAGGCUGAGUGCGAAGAAUCUAGCCGACAUUUCGGUGGCGCUCUUUGCAUCCGGAGACGAGGGCAGCUGCUGCUGGCCUCGUCGAGAUCUGUUCUCGGAGAAUUGAAGAUAGGAAGCAAUUGUUUGUUGCUAAUGAUUGGAUCGAGUGAGCAUAUGUUCAACCACAACAUGAAGCCCAGUUUUUGUGUGUCUUCAACUUCUCCAUUGAAGAAAUUGGGGGCGGCUUGUUGGGGUUGGUUUGUCUCUAGUUUGUAUGUACAUGUGUGGAUCUUGAUUAUGAUAUGUAGAUGUUGUAAUUUAUUCAUGGAAAAAUCAAUAAGAAGGGGGCAGUGACAGUGAUGAUCA